CCACAUUCAGGAUCAGCCACUCACAGCCAGGCUGCCUCACAGUGCGACGCUCGCAGGGAUGGAGGAUCAGCGAGUGGGGCCGUGAAGAAACCUUAUCCAGGCGAAGUGCAAGGACGUCGGGCGAGCAAUUGUAGACGAGACGUUCGAGUAAGAGGACCUCUUGAAACCGAAUUGUGUCUGCCAGCCGUCGUCGUCAUGACACCAGUCCCGCACUGAGCCUCUCCUCAGUGGGUUGGCAUGGCCCAGUGAUGAACGGAGCGGCAGCGCCCGGUAGCCCGGAGCUCUCCUCCUCAUGCCCGCUGCCUGACUGGCGAGAGUUCUGCGAACUCCACGCCCGAGCCUCGGCCGCGGACUUCGCCGACAAGUUCCAGCGCUUCCUGUCGGAGAACCCGUGCUACGAUUCGCCGGGCGCCGACGCCAGCUUCUCUCAACACUUUGCCCAACACUUCUUGGAGUGUUUCUCUGCGGCUCUGAGCCAGGCCCGGCAGAACCGGGCGUCCUCGCCGGGGGAGGACGGCUUCAGCAUCGCACCGAAGUACAGCAUCGUUCCUUUUCUGGGGAUCCAGGGUUGUCCCUUGUCCUACAGCCACGAGCUCUACCACAGACGCAAGGACGCCGGGGCUUCCAGCGAAUCCUUGGACAGCAUGGACAGCGGAGGGGGCGGGAUAGAAGGCAGAGGAGGAGGCGGCGCCGCGCCCGGUACCCGCGGACCUCAACCCACGCACAAGGUGUCCGCCCUGGGUCAGUCCCGCAGUUCCGAGGACGUGUCGGUGAGCCACCCCAAAGCUCGCUUCAAGAAGGGCUUCUCGCUGAGGAACAUGAGCCUGUGCGUGGUGGACGGGGUCAAGGAGAUGUGGCAUCGCCGCGCUUCCCCCGAGCCCGACGGGCCUCCCAGGAAGUCCAACGGGACCGGAGGGGCCGGAACCGCCGGGGCCGAAACCACCACGGCGGGGGGAGAGAAGUGGUCUCAAAAACUGCGACUGCCGAGAAGCUGCCAGGGCCACAAGGCGGAGAUGUUGGAGAUCCAGAGGGAGGGGGCGCUCAGGUACAUGGUGGCCGACGACACCAACUGCAUGGGCGCCGCGCAGUGGCAGAAGUGCCGCCUGCUUUUGAGGAAGAGCAAGAGGGACGAAGGGGCCGAGAGGUUCCUGCUGGAGUUCUACGUCCCGCCCAAGUCUUCGAAAGCCAAGGUGAGCAUCCCUUUGACGGCCAUUGUGGAGGUACGGACCACCAUGCCCCUGGAGAUGCCUGACAAAGACAAUACGUUUGUCUUAAAGGUGGAGAACGGGGGCGAAUACAUCCUGGAAACCAUCGACUCACUGCAGAAAAACUCUUGGGUCGCUGACAUCCAGGACUGCAUAGACCCCGGGGACAGCGGCGAUGACAUCGAGCUGGCGUCCUGUCCUCACGGUCAAGCCUCAUCCAAAGACUGCUCCAUGGUGGCCUCCUGCAGCUGCGAGCUGCUCUCUGAGGGUGCGUACCCAGCUCCGGAGAGGUUAUGCGCAGCGGCGGUGGUGGCGGCGGCGGCGGAGCAUUACAGUGCCCCCUCAGUGCGUUGCAGGGAACCCCCCUUCACCCAGCAUCCAUCCCACAUGCCUUUAGAGCGCUUCCUCCAGUCCCCAGAGGCCCAGGGCUCCAACCCCGCAGCAGCAGGGUGCGCAGGUGGAGGCGAGGGAUCCAAGGACUCUGAGGGUGACGCCAGCCUCGCCGGUUACCCGUGGUUCCACGGCACGCUGUCGCGGGUCCGUGCGGCUCAGUUGGUACUAGCGGGCGGGGCCAGGAGCCACGGCCUCUUUGUGAUCCGCCAAAGUGAGACGCGGCCCGGCGAGUACGUCCUCACCUUCAACUUCCAGGGCAAAGCCAAGCAUCUGCGUCUGUCAGUCAACGAAAACGGGCAGUGCCACGUCCACCAUUUAUGGUUCCACACCGUGUCGGACAUGCUGAGACACUUCCACGCUCACCCCAUCCCGCUGGAGUCCGGCGGCUCGGCGGACAUCACGCUACGCUCUUACGUUCAAGUGCAGAGGAGCGCUAACGCAGACGUGAGUGUGCCUUCGCUGGUCACGCCGCCCAGAACAGACGCCAGCUGCCGCCCGGACUCCGCCCAGCCGACUCCUCACCCUCCCGGGAUCUCACCCUCUUCCGGCCCCCCGGCCGACGCCCCGCUUUCCUCGAGUAGCUCCUCCUCACCCACCGCCCUGCCCUCCCUCUCCCGCAGCGACCCGGGCACCGGCGGCGGCUUACAGAGUCGUAGCAACAGCUCAGAGCGCCUGCUGGAGGCCUCGAGCGGCACGUCCGAGGACUAUCAGGACGCCGACGGGACCCGACGGGCCCGGGCUGUGGAGAACCAGUACUCUUUCUACUGAGUGACCCCCCCCCGCCCCCUCUCUGUCUCUCCCCCCCGAGGGCAACGACCACGAAAAGGCUUCAAACCCGUCGCCUUGUUUGUUUGUGUUUCAACGGCAAUUUCCUGUUUCUCUUGAUUCGAGAAGGGGUGGCGACUCCGCCGGGCCCUGCAGCUGCGCUUCGCACCGUCAGAGCGUAAUGAGGCGUGACAAAGGGCUACGCGUAGACGACACUCACAGAGGGGCCUGGAUGAAGGAAAUCAAAGCGGCGAGGAUGUGUGUAGGCAGAAAGAGCAACAGGAAGUCAUCCCGCGAGACUCAUAUGGCUUUGAUUCAGCUCAUCUGACCACUUCCUCGUUGACAGCCGAGUUUGAAAUGCGAGGCUCUGCUUUAUGUUUGGAAAGCUGCUUGGAGUCCAUCGGGGGUAUCCUCCAUGUUACCCCCGAGGAGUCUCGGGCUUGAAGUCUGCCGCGCACAUUUAGUUGCGUUCCAACACAAAAGCGAUGUCAUGGAGGUUUUAUGCUGCAUUUACUCUUUGAAAACCGUUGGGUCAAAAAGAACCCCAACA